AGGAGAGGCAAAUUGCAUAAACAAAGUCAUGGAGAAGUGUGAAGUAGUGGCUUUAACAAGACAGUGAAGAAAGAUUAUAGGAUCCAGGGACCAAGAUUAUGUCUGCUCCUACUCCUUAGGACCAUUAUAUUAUCAACAGCAUAUCCAUAACAAGUCAUCAACAGACUGAGGGUUUCAGUGUUCAAGUAUCAGAAUCUCAGAAAGAAAUAUCAAGUUUUGCAUGAGAAUCAUAGAUAAUCACGGGGAAUUUCCAAGGAAACUAUGAACGUUUCGAGCUCGGGAAGAUCAUCGAUGAGGUCAUGGAGCAUAUACACGACGAGGGAUGGUUCAGGAGACAGAGAAGGGCCAUGGAGUUCAUCAUCAUCAUCAUCGAGCAUGGGGACGAUGACUACGUCUAUGAAUGCUAUUUCGUUCGGAUUCGUCGCGACGGCGAUCUUGAUCUCGAUGUUUCUGAUAAUGGCGAUCUUCGAACAUCUGUUUCGUCCCGACAAUUCCAGUUUCGAUUCGCCGCAUCGUAUGGAUCAGAACCCAGAUGGGUCCGCUGCCCAGUUCAUGAAGCUUCCAAAUCAGGCAGCCACGAUUCCGGCAACCAUGGCGGCGGAUGUGUCGGUGGUGAUGCCGGGGGCGGAGCUUCCAUCACACAUAGCCCUUCCGGCGCCGUUACCUUGCCGCCGGGAAGGCGUCAGAUGGCCGUCUCACCACUUCCCAUCUUGACAUAAUUUUUAUCAAUUUGCUCAUUGAUUCCUUUGUUAAUUUUUUUUUUUGUUUGUUACAUUUUAAGCUGCUGUAGGGAUUGUAACAUAAUCAGUAUUUGCAUUGGCUAUAUGCCAAACAUUACAAUCUUUGAGCAUCAUGCUUAGCAUAUUUUAACCCAAAAAAAAAACUAAAGAAAACAAACCUCUAGUUGGGCCUAAAAUCAGGCCCAAGAUGAAGCCCAUAUGCUUUGUAGGCCCAUUUUAUUUCUCGCUUCAAAGCUUCCCGUCGAAGCCCAACGGCAGGGGAAUUUAAAAUUUGAACAGCGCGGGGAGAGAGAGAGGCUGUUGGCAACGACGGCGAAGAAUCUGAAGGAUGUCUACAGGCAAAAGGAGAGCAAGGUCACCGGAGGUAUCUCGAAGCCCAAGCCUUCUUCCCGGAAAGUUUCUCUCAAACACUCGGGGACUCAGGGUUCCGAUGUUACCCAACCGGCGGCACUGAUUUCUCACGGCCUCAUCGAUUUGGACGACAAGAACGAGGGAAUUCGACAUGAACGUGGCUUAUGGUCCAUGCCUUGGGAUGACCAGACUGGCUCGAUAGGAGCGAGAUCGGCGUCUGGGAAUGAACCCUCCAAUGGAGAUAGAGAAGACCCUUUUGAAAGACAGGAAGAUUCAUCAACAAUGCCUGUGGGAUGGUCACAUCUACAUGCUCACUUGAGAUGACUUCAUCGUUCUUUGUUUUGUGGAUCAUGGGUUUGGAUGUUCAGCCACUGGCUGUGCUGUUUUUGGUAAGAGUUCUCGUGUGGAACAUAGAAUUGGGUUGACGAGGAUCUUUUUGCCUUUUAUGCUAAAUGUUUACCUUUGCAAUGAAACAGUCCAUGUUGCUAUUGUAA